UUGAGGUGACCGUCAUUCUUGCCUAUAAGUAAAGAGAUACUGAAGCAUGUCCCCAACGGAAGGGCCAGAAUCGGCGCUCACAGUAGGAGAGAGGUCAACAGGGGCGUAUGUACACAGUCGAGGAGAGGAGGAGGGUGGCUGAGAAAGUUUGACAGAGAAGCGGGAGGAGGAGGUCUUUUUCUGAAGCUCAAGUGUGAAAGAGCAGCACCCACUUAUCAUCAUCCGGCCGUUGUUCUACCGUCAUGGAGGCUGCAGGAGCUCUUUCUUUUCCUUCCCGACGAGUGGCCACGAUGAUGCUUUUGCUCUUGUGCCUCUCUGCUGCUUCUUUCUGGGUCGAAUCUGAAGCUUGCUCCCACUGGGGCGAGGCUUGCGGGCCAGCAUAUUGGUGCUGUGACAGAACACAAGAUGGGAAGACCGCAUUGGAAUGCCAGUGGGAGGGAGGCAGCUUUUGGUGUCAAGCCGCAAAGUGUCAAUGCGGCUACACUCGGUUCGGAUGUCUUCCGUGCGAUAGUCUUGGCAACGCCAAGGUACCAAAAGUUUCCCUUCGUUGGAGCAUAGCCGCAUAGAUGGCUCACUGAUUUAGAGGCACCUCCUCCUCUCUCUAUUGAUCUAUCGAUUGAUUGAUUGAUUGGAAACAUUGAUCGAUUGACAGACUGAUUGAUUGAUUGAUUGAAUCUAUUCAUUGAUUGAAAGAAUGAUUGCAACAUGGAUAGAUUGACGGACUGAUUGAUUGAUUGAUUCAUUGAAUCGAUUGCUUGAUUGGUUGAGUCGCAUGAUUGAGAUCACAACAGGCAGGUAUACACCAAGUACUAGGAUGUAUGAUGCCUCUUGGUUCACUUGGUGCGUUGUAUUCAGCAAGGAGGUCUUUGAAGAACAACGCCAGGAUGGAGGGCCGGCAGGCGAUCAGCAGGUCGACAGGGGAGCACGGUGGGCGGUGGUCUGGGCACAGCCCGUCGAAGAGUUCAAGGCCGUCGGAGCGUUCCGGUUACACGCACCUGCCACCGCACUUGCAACCUCUGCCUGACACGUCCGACGAGGAGGCAGAUGAUAGACGGUCACGAACCGUGCCGCUGGGAAGCGGAUCCACCCAGGAGUGGGCGGCUACAGAGCUGUUUGGAAGCCGCGAGGGCGGUUAUGGGCAGUCCUACACCGAACUCCUCCAGCAAGGGCUCAGCGACCAUGAUGGCGAUGGCGGCGUGAAUCUGUCGUUUGGACUUGGUAGCGGGAGGUCGGCAGCCGUCUCUCGAACGGUCAUCGUAAACCCCCAUCCCGACGACGAUGGCGGCGAUGUGACGGCUGUUCAGCGAACAUCCAGGUCUCCAGGCUUCAAUUUCAAUAUGGAUCGUGCGGUUUACGACGAGAUACUGGGGUUGACCGCCAAGAACCACACCAUAAACCCGAAGAAUAUCGCCGACACUGGUGCUCAGGGUGGUGUACGUUUCCUGUCCGCCUCUUCUGCGGAUCCUGAAUCUGUGGCCGACGKGGACGGUGGUGCAGAGCACGACGACGACGACGACGGGUCCAAAAAAGCUUGCGUCGUCUUCGCUGUCGUCUUCGGCGACAUCCUCGUCGGCGAGCACAUCAUGUCGCCCGUCGUCUUCACCGCCUUCGUCGCGUUUUCAAAGAUCGUCGCCUUCGUCGUCGGGAUUAUCAUCGUCACCGCGGACGUCGUCGAAUACGUCGCCCACACCACCAUCGCAGUUCACACUUGGCUUCAGGAUAGCGCAGGGCACGUCAUCGAAGCGAAGCGGGCGAACAAGGUUGUCGUGGGUGUGUCUUGCGCCAUGUCGUCCCGCGGUUCCGGACGCGGCAAGGCCGCUGCCAACCUCGCAAAACAACCGCCGGCCCGGGAGAAGAAGGGCCGCCACGUGGCCAGCAAGAAGAGGAAGAUCCUCCAAGGCGCCCCGACACAUGGAGGUUACGUGGUGGAUGAAGAGUGGGUGUCGGAGGAGGUGGCGACGCAGGAGGGGACGGAGUUCAAAGACUCUGACGACAUGCCGUUGCACCGCAAGUCGUCCAGGCGGGGGAGUGGCGGCCUUCGCAUAGACGACGCUGGCGAUAGACGACGCGCAGGAGGGCGGGCAGUAUCGGAAGAAGUCCUCAACGUCGACGCUGCGACGGAAGGCAGACAGGGCAGGGGAAAUCGCGCGGCAUCGGCACGUAUGACUCCAUCCACCGACGCGCAAGAGGGCGCGGUUCAUGCACGGACACCGCUCACACCACGGUCGACGACGGCUCCAGACGUGGCCGUCUCGGGGGAGGCAUCACAUGCGGCGGGAGGGGUGAGGGCAGGUGGGGCAGCAGGGGGGGAAGGGUCGCACACGGCGGAAGAGAGGGCGGUGAAGGUUCAGGGGAUCGCUUUGCGGGUGAUACACGGGUGGGUCUUCAAGUCUCAGAACAGGCAACGGGGGUACCACGCGGCGUACCAGUACGCACCGAACCACGCGGCCAUUGACAUCGCUCGCGCGAUGUGGAUGGGGGAGGACUGGCAUUAUUGUGUGAGCCCCAUGGUAAUCCACUACACGCUCGACAUGGAUAUGAAGCUGCCAUUGUGGUUCGUGGGCGCCGACGUCGAAGACAAGGAUGAGGACGACCGCUUGGCGGCUUAUCAGGAGGCGAGCAUCCAGCGACUGGUGGGGGCUUUCACGAGCGCUGUCAUCAUUGCGGAGGUGACGGAUGGCGGUCGUGUAUCGCACGAAAGGUUGAAGACCAAGGCCGACGCGAUGCGGAUGAUGCUCGCGGCGACCAUGUGGCUCAUGCGGAUGGCGGGUGACGAUCAUCGCGCGCAUAACGACGCGUGGGUUUUCGUCCAACUCAUGGCGAAGCCGACGCUCAUCGCAUCCAUGCAUCGCUGCUUCGACGCGCAUCGACACAUCGUGCAAACUGCGACUGUCAUCACCGACAAGUUGGCGAGUCCCCCCAUCACUUUCAUCGACCCUCCGAUGUAUGUUCCCGACUGGGCGUCCAUCGGUGUCAAGUUCUCACACGACGCCACGCUGCCUUCCCCGAUGGAGGCGAAGAAGGUGGAUUGGCUGGGCACAGGCCCCCCGGAAGACGAAGACGACGGGAAAGGCGCCGAAGAGGGAAGCGGGCGGGGUCGAUGACGCGUUUUCGUCGUUUAUGUUGUUUUUCCUCGCGUGACGCUGCUCUACCGUCG